CAAUACACCAUUGGGAGAAAAAGAGUUUAAACUUAAUUAAGGUAACAAUAUAUAUUUGUUUUUGGGUCAGAACCGGUUUCGGGAACUUUCAAAAUUACAAAAUCUCGUCUUGAUUAGCGUUUAACUUUUUAUUUUGUUUAACAUCCUAUAAAGGAAAGUAUUUACGUUUCAAAAUCAAAGAUGAUCAGAACUAUUUCCCUUUAUGUCUUUUUGUAAAUAAAGGCUUUCCUCCUUCACAUCACUCGAGAAUCUUUAUUCUCUAAUACUUUCUUUACUUACCAAGAAUGCAACAGCGUCUGUGUCUGCACACAAAGCAAAAAUCAUAGAGACGAGAGACUUAUCUCUAAAACCCCCAAGACAGUAUUGUUUUCGUUACAACGAGUCUCCACGCGAUCUGGAGAACAAGACAGCGUGGUUCAAGAUGGCUGGUAUUUCAAACAGACCUCUGUCUCAAUCUUCUUCCUCAACAAGCUCUACUUCAUGUAACAGUCGCUCCUCUGUUCCUCCUCCCACCUUCUCCACCUGUAUAUUCUCUGAUGUUGCCGGAGACAUCACCGUUGUUGUUGAUGGAGAGUCUUUUCUACUCCACAAGUUUCCACUAGUAGCUCGGUGUGGGAAGAUGAGAAAGAUGGUGAGAGAUCUCAAGGACAAUUCAAGUAUCGAGCUAAGAGACUUCCCUGGUGGACCUCUAACUUUCGAACUCGCCAUGAAGUUCUGCUACGGCAUCAACUUAGAGAUCACACCCUCCAACGUGGUCGACCUCCGCUGCGCAGCAGGUUACCUAGAGAUGACCGAAGACUACAAGGAAGACAAUCUCAUCUCUCAAACCGAGAGUUACCUCGACACGACAGCUUUCCGCCACCUCAAGAAAUCAGUUCAAGUGUUAAUCUCAUGCGAGAGGCAAGAACUGUCGGAAAAGUUCAAGAUUCCUGACAGGUGCGUGGAGGCCAUCGCCAUGAACGCUUGUAGGGAGCAGUUAGUAUCGAAUUUAUCAGAGGAGCUCAAGGGAAGAGACUGUCUCGCGUGGUGGAUCGAACAGCUCUCUGCUCUCGGCAUUGAUUACUACACAAAAGUUGUGUCAGUGAUGGCGAGAACAGGUGUCCGGUCCGAGAGCAUUGUUGCUUCUCUGAUGCAUUACUCUCAAGAAUCACUAAAAGGUGUUAUUGUUGACCGCAACUGUCAGGGGCAGAGGGAGAUCGUUGAAGCUAUUGUAACCCUUUUGCCGUGUGACGAGAGAGGAUCGAUCAUCCCUCUCAGCUUCCUCCUUGGGAUGUUAAAGAUUGGAAUCACAUUAGGUAUAGAGAUCUCUUACAGGCUUGAGCUAGAACGUAGAAUCGGACAGCAGUUAGAGAGCGUGUCUCUUGAUGAUCUGCUUAUACCUUCUGUCGGAAGGGAAGAGGCCAUGUAUGAUGUGGACACUGUGCAUAGGAUACUCGCGUGUUUUCUCGAGAGGGUUGAUGAAGAAGAUGAGGAGAGUGGUUGUGAUUCAGACUCCACUGGUCAUUACCAUGGUUCGUUGCUGAAAGUGGGACGGAUCAUGGAUGCGUACUUGGCUGAGAUCGCACCGGAUCCCUACCUGAGUCUACAUAAGUUCACAGCUAUUAUAGAGAGGUUACCUGAUUACGCACGGAUCGUUGAUGAUGGGAUAUACAGAGCCAUUGACGUGUAUCUCAAGGCUCAUCCAUUAAUGACGGAAGAAGAACGCAAGAGUCUAUGCAAGUUCAUAGACUGCAACAAGCUUUCACAGGACGCAAGCAACCACAUGGCGCAAAACGACCGUCUUCCUGUGCAGAUGGUGGUUCGUGUUCUCUAUUCAGAACAGCUGCGUCUGAAGAAAGCUCUGUCGGGAGACUCAGAUGAAGGUGUACUAGAUUUGUCUUCGGGAGUUCUGAACCGAGCGGUUUCUCCAAGAGACAACUACGCGUCUCUGAGGAGAGAGAACAGAGAGUUGAAGCUGGAGAUAGCGAGGAUGAGAGUGAGAGUUAGCGAGUUGGAGAAGGAGCAAACGUUGAUGAAAGAGGGAAUGAUGGAGAGGUCUGGUAAUAGCGGUGGAACGUUCUUGACGUCAUUGUCUAAAGGGAUUGGCAAAAUUGGGAUAUUCGGUGGUGAAAAUCGGCAGAAGGUUAACCGGAAAUCGAGGUCGGUUUCGGAGAGAAAGACAAGUCGAAAGGGGUAAUAGAAAUGAUGAUGGUGGUGAUGAUGACAAUUGACAAGUCGUAAGUAGUGUGAAACGUCAAGGUUGCUAGCUAUAUCUACAGAGAAAGAGACAGAGUCACAUGUAGAGGGUGGUGUACUGGGCCGGAUAGAGUGUGGAGUAGACCCAUAAUAGAACCAAUGAGAUCUGAGUUUCUCUUUCCUCUCUCCAAUGGCGUAGCCUGUAA